AUGGGGAACCCUGUCAGUAGCAAUGCUACCGCCAAUAUAGCUGUCAAAGUCAUGAGCGGAAAGGUCAAGCCCUACUGCGACAUCAACGCGGAACACCUACGGUUUAGCGGAACACCUUUGAUGUAUAAGUUAAUACUUUUACUUGGAAUAUGCUCGGCGUUCGCUUCAGGUGCUUCAGGCAAGCAUACUCGUACAGCGAGGAUGCCAGGAACUGAUAAGAAGUGUCAGAAAAUCAUUAAUUGUUACAGUAGUUUUCAAGGAGAUGAUCAAACCGAUGAUCAUCUUUGCACUAAUAUAUUUUUCGGUCUGGCUAACAUUGAAAAAGACGCUUCUGUACAAAUGGCUAAUGACAAUAUAGGCAUGGAUACAAGUGAGUUUCAAGGGACCAACGAUCAUCGAGAAAAAAAUAGACACUUCAAAACAUUCGUCGCAAUGCAGGAUGACAUUUGGGAUGGUUCUCAUAAAAAUACAAAAAAUAAAAUAUUGUUUAAUCCGACUCUGAGAGAAAAACUUGUUGAUAAUAUUCUGAACUUCGUGGAAAAACAUAAGUUCGAUGGUAUCGACCUCCAAUCGCAAUAUCUAACUCAAGAGGAUGCAAAUGAUUCUGACAAGCAGAAUUUCGUUUUACUCUUAAAGGCACUCAAAGAAAAAUUCGAUAAAAAAGGAUUACUUUUAGCUUUAGCAGUUGAAGGUAUAGAAUCAAUUGCUAAGAGAUAUGAUAUUAAAGGAAUAUCGAAGUAUGUAACCUUUAUAAAUUUGAGAGCUUAUAAUCUGCACGGAGAUCUUUACACAGAUGGCAAAAUAUUGAAAUCUGGCCAUCUUGCUCCACUGUAUCAUUCGUCCAAAGAAAAUACGAAGGAUAAAAAAUUGAAUGUUGAUUCCAUUGUGAAAUACUGGAUUUCGAAAGGUGCUCCACCCAACAAGUUAAUACUGGGAACUACUUUGAAGGCAAUGACAUAUACUUUAGCUAAGGCAAAAAAAGUUAGUAAAGACGAACCAUUUGUCGAUACUGUAAAAUAUAGGUCAACAACGACAAGCUAUGCCUUUACUUGCCCAAAUGAAAAAGAUCGUACAUGGAAACAAAUCUACGACAAAGAACAACAAGUACCAUAUAUGUACAAAGGGAAGAAUGUGAUUGGCUAUGAAAAUGUUGCCUCCAUCAAGAAAAAGGCUGAAUAUGCUAAAAGUAUGAAGCUUGCUGGUUUAUUCGUGGAUAGUUUAGAAGACGAUGAUAUGAGUGGAUUCUGUGGAAGAGGGAAUUACCCACUUCUGAAGACUGUGAAUCAAGUCCUGGGAAACAAAUGUUAA